UUUUUGUCUACUGAGAAACAGAGAUUGUGGAUCCAAGACUGAUCUCGCUGAGGUAAUUUGAGUGCCUCGCAGUUCAUUUUAUCCAAGACUGAUAUAUGUAUAUGUAAUAUACGUAUAUAUAUAUGUGCAUGUGUAACUUGCGUCACGGUGACGUUAAACAGAUCAGGUAGUCUGCGAUCAACCGCUUGCCCAACGCAACCAGGAUAUUCCACUUUGCCUUUACACGCCACACGCAAUGUCUUUGUCUGCUAGACUACGUGUCGCUGUCAGGCGCUGCUCAUCUCUAGACAGUGCCAGUCAAACUGCCAAGCAGAUCACUAGGUACGCGUCGACCUUUAAUGCACGCGACAACGAUAAUUACAUCCAGAAGUCAGUAUUUAUAUCGCAAUCCACGAAUGUGUUCGUCAACCUGGCAUUGGAGCACUGGCUGUAUCGCAACUUUGACUUUUCCAAGCAUCACGUUUUGCUGUUCUGGAGGAACGAUCCCUGUGUGGUUUUUGGCCGCCACCAGAAUCCUUGGCUUGAAUGCAACGUUCAAACAUCCGAAAAGGCAGGCAUUGCACUGGCACGCCGAAAUAGCGGCGGUGGUACCGUUUACCAUGACAAUGGUAAUCUCAACUUGACAUUCUUUACCCCACGUGAAAGAUAUAAUCGGAGAUACAAUUUGAACAUUAUCACAAAUGCUUUGUUUCGGCAAUGGGGAUUGAAGAGUGAGAUCAACAAACGAGAAGAUAUUGUAGUCAAUGAAGAUUGCAAGAUAUCUGGAACAGCUGCAAAGUUGGGGAAACCGAAUGCUUAUCAUCAUUGUACACUUUUGGUCAACGUGAACAAAGCCAAUUUGAGUUCUAUUCUUGAAAGAAAAGAGAAUGGUAUCGUUACAAAUGCGACGACUUCUAUACGUUCUCCAAUUAUGAAUUUGAUUGAUAUAAAUCAAAAUAUUCAAAUGGAUAAACUCUUAUCUGCUAUUGGCUGGGAAUAUCUGCGUACAAAAGCCCUCACUCUCGAAGACGGAAGAUAUGAUCUGGUUGAACAACAAAAGGGAUUCAAGUUUAUCAAUCCAACCGAAGACUGGUUCCCUGGUAUAUAUGAAAAACAGCUCUUAUUCUUUGAAAAAUAUGUUGAAAGAAUUGAUAACUUCACCAGUGAGUUCCGUUCUUGGGAUUGGAAUUUCGGCAGGACUCCGAAAUUUAUGGUUACUCGCACGCUUGAUUUUCCCGCUCACGAUGGCAAAAUAUAUCGCCUAAAUUUGAGCUUGGAAGUGCAAAACGGUUUUGUGGAAGAAAUCAGAAUGAGUUUGCCCGCUGACUUAGUGUCGACCGACUUCGCCCAAGAUGCGAGCGUGAUUAGUAAUAUUCGCGGCACAAAAUACAAUCAUGAUGUAACAGAAAACAUAAUCGCCGCAAUUGGUGGUAAGACCGCCACUGUAAAUACGACCCAAAGCGUAGAUGAGAACAAUAUGAGACUUGACGAGGUCACGCUACAAUGACCCGGAGUCUCGAGCAAUCACAAUUUUGCUCCUAAUGUUAUUGUGUUCAAACGAAAAUAAUUAGUGAUAAAAUCAUACACGUUGUAUUAUACAUGUACAUGUAUAACAUCGUGUCUAUAUUUUAUAUAUAUGCACAUGCAAAAAACAAAAAAAAAGGAUUAUUAAUCGCAUAUCAUUGCAAUAUUUUAAACUAAAAGUAGCCAUGUUCAAGAUGAUGAAGCAACUAGCCUUUUCGCCAUGAUUGACUUCUACUUAAUAGAGCCAAUAAAGCAUGACGAGCAAGCUACUGAUUUCGUCCAAUUUGAACAUAGCUAUUGAAGAAUGUAGUAAAACACGAGAGGGCUCCGUUAGCCCACAUCUCGAUAGCAUAUAUCCACUCGCAUCGGCUGGUGCCGAUGUGUAAUUUAACAAUUUUUCACUGUUUAUCAAUAAGAAUAUUUUAUUUUAAAUUAUAGCUUAAAUUGUAGCCAAUUAGUGAUGUGCGCAAUUGGAUCCCUUUCGUAAAACGUACAUCAUCAUAAUUUUCCUAUCGUUGAUAUUAUUGAGAA